AGUGUAACGUUAACAAAGUAUCGAUCACAGACUGCAAAACAUGUAGUCAAACGACUCUGUUGGAGUUAUCGAGAAUCACUAUGUUAAUCCACAUGUAACGUUAACGUUUAAUCAUAUGUCGGGGGAAGGCGUUCAGUUUGGUAUUUUAUGGUCCGAAUUUAUUUGACAACUUCAGCGGGCAAAGACAAUAAUUUUUUUCGCUCUUCUCAUUCGGCGUAACGUUAAUUGUAUUACAAGUGUGAUUUUUGACAAAGCGUCUUGUCAAAUACAGUUGACCUUCACCUCAAUAUCUGACGUAAUUCAAAUCAACAAACGGACUCAACAACAAGAUGGCGUCCGGCCGAGUUCUGCUAGCAUCCUUACUCUUCCUGGCGGGAUCGCAGAUGUUGGUCUGCGGGCAAAACAACAAGUUCUCGGCCGAGAAGGUCGGCUGGAUCCGGUUUCUUGUCACUGUGAACGACACCUGGAACCCAGAUGGGUGCAUCGCUACCGUGGCAACGGAUCCGCUUGUCCCGAACAAAAAAUACAACCAAUCAGAGAAGAUCAUGGUCGGAUCAUGUGAUCAAGGACCACUGGUGUACACUGUUACAAACGCUGUUGGGACCACUGGGAAAGCGGGCAAGAUGUCCGUAGAUCUGACCUUCUACUCGUCCGUGAUCGAGGAUGCCUCCCCACCCACCUGCCACAUCCCGUGGGGCGGAUCGUACAUGUCCCCCCGCCCCAACACCGACCCCCGGGACGACUCCCCCCUCCCAGGCUGCUUCACCAUGGAAUCACGGGAAGGCUAUCACAUGACCUACUACUGGUUCUAUCUGCUGGACUGGGGAUGGGCGUAGCAGGGGCGUCUAAAAAUGUACUAAUAGUGUUCAUCAGACUUUAUCGUGGCUGUAUGGUACUGAACAAGUAAUGGGGGCACAGUCAAAGCCACCACUGAAGGAGUAUUGUUCAAGAGAUAAAGCAGACGAUAAAGGAGUGGGGUGAAAACAAAAUAAAAAGUUUUGAUGGCAGCAAUGUUCAAUAAAGUUUGAAAAACUUUAAAUAUUUGAAAAUACCAUCUAGCACCAAUGCGUUAUAGAAAUAAGACGUUUUUACACGAUGACAACGUG